AUGACCAUUUCUUUUCCCAGGGAGAUGGCUGAUCUCAAACCUACCUGUGAUGACCUAUAUGCAGAAUAUAGAAAUAUUCUUCCUGGUAUGUCUGCAGAACAAACAAAACAGAUCGAGGUUGCUAUCAAAGCAGGAAACUUCUUAGAAGCAGCUUCCGUGGUGCAGACAUUUAAGAAUUUGUCAGGCAUUGAGUUCAAUAUCGCCGUCACGGGGGAGUCAGGAUCUGGCAAAUCAUCUUUGAUCAAUGCCAUCCGGGGCCUGGGAGAUGAAGACGAAGGUGCUGCUGAGACCGAUGUGCUGGAAAUAAGCAAAGAACCGGUAUCAUAUUGUCAUCCUACCUAUCUCAUGGUCACCUUCUGGGACCUACCGAUGAUCGGGACCCCAGAUUUUCAGCCAGACGUUUAUCUGAAACAAGUGAAGUUCAGCCGUUACGAUGUCUUCAUCAUCAUCGUUUCAGAGAGGAGCAGAUUCUGCCACACCGAGCUGGCCCAGGAGAUCCAGAAGAUGGGAAAGAACUUUUAUUUUGUGCGCUCCAAAGUGGACUUGGACCUGUAUAAUGAGAAACACAGAAAGAGCUUCAACAAGGAGAGAACCCUGGAGAAAAUCAGAAAAAACUGUGUCAACAACCUGUCCAGAGAAGGGAUGAGCUCCCCAGAAGUUUUCCUUGUCUCGAGUAGGGAAUUUCAGAAAUAUGAUUCUCUGCAGCUGCAGAAGUCUUUGCUAAAGGAACUCUACCACCACAAGACAGAGACGUUCGGGGCCACUGAAGCUCCCAGGAGCAUUGGGGAAGUGGCUGAUCCCAAGCCUACCUGUGAUGACCUAUAUGCAGAAUAUAGAAAUAUUCUUCCUGGCAUCUCUGCAGGACAAACUAAACAGAUCGAGGCUGCUAUCAAAGCAGGAAACUUCUUGGAAGCAGCUUCUGUGGUGCAGAACUUUAAGAAUUUGUCAGGCAUUAAGUUCAAUAUCGCCAUCACAGGGGAGUCGGGAUCGGGAAAAUCAUCUUUGGUCAAUGCCAUCCGGGGCCUGGGAGAUAGAGACAAAGGCGCUGCUGAGACCGGUGUACUGGAAAUGACCAAAAAACCAAUACCAUAUCGUCAUCCUACCUGUCCCAUGGUCACCUUCUGGGACCUGCCGGCGUUUGGAACCCCACAUUUUCGGACACACGCUUAUCUGAAACAAGUGAAGUUCAGCCGCUAUGAUGUCUUCAUCAUCAUCGUCUCAGAGAGGAGCAGAUUCUCCCUCGACGAGCUGGCCCGAGAGAUCCACAGGACGGGAAAGAAGUUUUUCUUUCUACGCUCCAAGGUGGACUUGGACCUGUAUACUGAGAAACACAAAAAGAGCUUCAAUGCAGAGAGAACCCUGGAGAACAUCAGAACUGACUGUAUCAAGAAGCUGCUAAGAGAAGGGAUGAGCUCCCCGCAGGUUUUCCUUGUCUCGAGUAGGGAAUUUCAGAAAUAUGAUUCUCCCCAGCUGCAGAAGACUUUGCUAAAGGAACUCUACCACUACAAGACGGAGACAUUAGGGGGCACUGAAGCCCCCAGGAGCAGUGGGACAGCAGAAGAUUCAGAAACUCACUGGGCUGGUUUGUUUUCAAAAUGGAGCAGUAAAUUGCCCGGUCUGUCGGAGGAGGAAACUGAAGAAUUCCAGACGGCUGUCAAAGCUGGGAACCUCUCAAGAGCCUUUUCUGUUGUGAAGAAGUCUGAUGAGUUGUUAACAAAUAUCAAGAUCAACAUCGCCAUCACAGGGAACUCAGGCUCGGGGAAGUCGUCUUUCAUCAAUGCCAUAAGAAGCCUGAAUGAUGAUGACAGUGGUGCAGCUGAGACUGGUCUGGCAGGAAAGAAAAAGACUCCUUAUUCCGAUCCCAAGCACCCAAAUGUGAUUCUGUGGGACCUACCUGGGAUCGGAACAACGAAUUUUCCAGCAGAAACAUACCUGAAGGACAUGGACUUUGAUCAGUAUGAUUUCUUCAUCAUCAUCGCAGCCGGGCGCUUCACAGAAGCUGACACCAACCUUGCCAAAGAAAUCAGCAGGAUGGGGAAAAAGUUUUAUUUUGUUCGCUCCAAGGUGGAUGUGGACUUGGCUAAUGAACAAAGAAAAAGAGAUUUCAAAGAGGAGAAAACUCUAGAGGCAAUCAGAAGUGACUGCAUGGAGCAGCUACAAAAAGCAGGCAUCGUCUCCCCACAAGUUUUCCUGGUGUCGAGAUGGGACUUUGACAAGUACGAUUUUCCCCGACUGCAGGAGGUUUUGGCGAAUGAACUUGACACUCACAGGAGACAUGUUCUCAUCUGUGCCCUGCCCAACACCUCUGAAGAAAUCUUGAAAGAGAAACAGAAGGUCCUGCAGGAACAGAUCUGGAAACAAGCCCUGAAGUCGUGCGCUCUCGCUGCUGUUCCUCUUCCAUUUCUCUCGGUUAAGUGCGAUGUCAACAUCUUGGUGGAGAACAUGAGGCAGUACUGCCAGUGCUUUGGCCUGGAUGAAGACUCACUCAAAUCACUCGCUAAGCAGGUUGGGAAGUCUGUUGUUGAGCUGAAGUCUGUGAUAAAGUCUGCUCUGGCCAGAGAUAUAACAAGAGAUGAGGCUUUGAAGCAACUUAGCAAGGCCACGGGGGAUAUGAUGAAACCUAAAUAUUUUAUCAGUGUGGUACCAGUGAUUGGCACUGGGAUUGCGGCAAAGAGAUCUUACAGCGUCACCUAUGAAAUGCUACGUAGGUUUUUGGAAGAAGUUGCAGAAGAUGCUCAACGAGUCCUGAAAAAGGCUUUGGAAGGAGCAGAGAAUAACCGAUAA